AUGCCUGUUCUCAAACCCCUUUCGGGCGACGGCGAUGCGCCGCAGCAACACAAGCAACCCUCGAGAAAGGGCAAGAAGGCGUGGCGGAAGAACGUCGACGUGACCGAGGUACAAGACGGUCUCGACGAGCUCAACAAGCAAAUCAUUACGGGUGGUGUUGUCGCAGAGAAGGACUCGGCCGACCUCUUCACACUCGACACAGUCGGCAAGAUCGAGAAGCGCCCCAAGCCCAAGAAGACGCUCAAGUCGGACGAGAUCAUUGCCGCCCGCUCCUCCGUGCCCGCCGUCUCCUCCCGCAAGAAGCGCGAAAACGAAAGCACCAUGACGGCCAACGGCCUCCUCCCCGUCAAGCGCCAGCGCACCGACUGGGUCUCGCACAAGGAGCUCGACCGCCUGCGCCGGGUCGCCGACGGUCAAGAGGAGUCAAGCAUCGUCCCCCAGGAAGCGACCUACGACCUCUGGGGCGCCGCCGCCCCCGCCGCCCUCGCGGCAACAAAGGCGGACCCCAGCACCAAGGGCGAGGACAACUUCCUUACGCCCGUAGUCCGGGCCAAGCCUCCCAAAACGCUCAAGCACAAGCCCCUCUCUCUCGCCGCCAGCGGCAAGCAGAUCCCUGCAGUCCUCAAGCCCACGGGCGGCUACUCGUACAACCCGACAUUCGACGACUACGCCGAGCGACUCGAAGAGGAGAGCGCCAAGGCCGUGGCAGCAGAGGAGGCGCGCCUGGCGGCCGAGGAGGCGGAACGCGUCAAGCGCGAGGCCGUCGCCCGGUCCGCCGCCGAGGCCGACGCCGCCGAGGCCCGCGCCCAGUUGUCCGAGUGGGAUGAGGACUCGGCUUGGGAAGGGUUCGAGAGCGGGGUCGACGACGACAAGCCGUCCCUGAAGCGCCCGCAGCGCAAGACGCAGCAGCAGAGGAACCGCAUCAAGCGCCGCAAGGAGGCCGAGCGCGAGGCCAAGCACCAGCUCGCGAUGAAGAAGAAGGCGGCGCAGGCGGAGCAGAUCCAGCAGAUCGCGGCGGAGAUCGCCGAGCGGGACGCUUCCAAGAGCGCGCUUGCGCUGGCCAAGGAGGUCGGCGAGGGCAGCGACGCGGACGACGACGACGACGAGAUUGUCGACGAGGGCCGCCUGAGGAGGAGACAGCUCGGCAAGAUGAAGCUGCCGGAGAAGGACCUCGAGCUGGUGUUGCCCGACGAGCUCCAGGACUCGCUGCGGUUGUUGAGGCCGGAGGGAAACCUGCUCAAGGACCGGUACCGAAGUCUGCUCGUCCGCGGCAGAGUGGAAGCGAGGAGACAUAUCCCGUUCAAGAAGCAGGCCAGGUCGAAACUCACGGAGAAGUGGUCCUACAAGGACUUCAAGAUUUAA